AUGGCACCUAAAGAAGAUCAGGCUUGUAAAGCUGCUGAGAUUGCGAUUGGGUCGAUUGGGCGUGGAUAUGAUAUAUCUUCGGAUAUAAGGCUCAAGUUUUGUAAAGGGGAUUCUAUUCAUUCGCGAUUGAUUGAGAUUGAUGAACAUGAUGUAAGAGAGGUUGUUUUACCUGGUGGAGUUUCGUUACCGAAUGUUUCGAAAUUAAUUAAAUGUGAUAAAGGGGAACGGACUAGGUUCAGGUCUGAUGUUCUGUCAUUUCAACAGAUGACAGAGCAGUUCAAUCAGGAGUUGUCUUUGACCGGCAAAAUUCCUUCAGGGCUUUUCAAUUCAAUGUUUGAAUUUUCUGGGAGUUGGCAGAAAGAUGCAGCACAUACCAAGACCCUUGCUUUUGAUGGGGUGUUAAUUACACUUUACACUGUUGCAUUAGAGAAGUCUCAAAUGGUGCUUUGCGAUCAUGUUAAAAAAGCUGUACCAUCAUCAUGGGACCCACCUGCAUUAGCAAGGUUUAUCGAUACCUUUGGCACCCAUAUUAUUGUUGGUAUGAAGAUGGGAGGAAAAGAUGUAAUAUAUUUGAAGCAGCAGCACUCAUCAACUCUCCAACCAUCUGAUGUUCAGAAAAGGUUGAAAGAAAUGGCAGAUAAAAGGUUUCUGGAUACUAAUGGCCAAUAUAGUGUAGCUUCUGAUCAAGUUUUUCCAAAUAACAAGUUUGGAACCAGGACGCAGAGGCUAACUUUUGCUAAUAUUAGUCCAUCAAGUUCUUAUUCACAUAAGGAGGAUAUUGUAAGUUUUUGCAAGAGAAGAGGUGGAAGUGAUGACAAAAGUCUAUCACAUAAUGAGUGGUUACAGACCGUUCAGUUGGAGCCUGAUGUGAUCUCAAUGUCCUUUAUUCCAAUUACCUCUCUAUUAAAUGGAGUUCCGGGGAGUGGAUUCUUGAGCCAUGCCAUAAACCUAUAUUUACGAUAUAAGCCACCAAUUGAAGAGCUCCACCAAUUCUUGGAAUUCCAGCUGCCAAGGCAGUGGGCACCUGUAUUCAAUGAACUUCCUCUUGGUCCGCAAUGGAAGCAACGGAACUCUGCAUCUUUACAAUUUAGCUUCAUGGGGCCAAGGCUCUAUGUGAACACCAUACCGGUUGAUGUAGGAAAGAGGCCAGUGACUGGUCUCCGUCUCUAUCUUGAAGGUAAGAAAAGCAAUCGGCUGGCCAUCCAUAUGCAACACCUUUCAUCUCUUCCAAAAAUCUUCCAGCUUGAAGAUGAUUCAAAUGAAAACCCUCGGCGAAAGUCAUACGAUAAGAGAUUCUAUGAGAAGGUUCAAUGGAAGAAUUUCUCUCAUGUGUGCACUGCUCCUGUGGAAUCCGAGGAGGAUCUUUCAAUAGUAACUGGAGCACAAUUGCAAGUUGAGAAUUACGGCUUUAAAAAUAUACUCUUCUUAAGACUUAAAUUCUCGACUGUGUUGGGAGCUAGGGAGGUAAAACAUCCCGAGUGGGAUGGGUCGCCUGGGCUAGGAGCCAAGUCAGGACUCAUAUCCACUCUUAUUAGCCAACAUUUCACAGGGGCUUUUCAGAAGCCGCCUCCACGUCCAGCAGAUGUUAAUAUAAAUUCAGCUGUGUAUCCGGGCGGCCCUCCUGUUCCCGUCCAAGCUCCCAGGCUUCUUAAAUUUGUCGACACAACUGAGAUGACCAGAGGACCACAGGAGACUCCUGGUUAUUGGGUUGUCACUGGAGCAAGACUUUUGGUUGAGAAGGGAAAAAUUUCUUUACGAGUUAAGUAUUCUUUGUUGACUAUGAUAUUACCUGACGAUGAUGACGACGAAAUGUUGGAUCAUCAGUAG